UUGAGCUUCUCAAUAUUUCCUUGAGCGCAUUUGAUAUGUGCAACGAAGUUUUUUCAAUAUCCAGAUACAACGUCUCAAAAUAACGACUAGUACUGUUAUUUAAAAACAAAAAAGAUUAAAAAGAGUUCUUCAACAAAAAUGUUGAGAACGAUAGGAUUCAUCGCUUUGAGCGCGUUUUUCGUUUUUACAAUAGCGGAUGAUUCGACGCCAGAAAAUCCGAUAGUAGAAGCACCUGUUGGAAAGAUUCGUGGAUCGAUCUUAACAUCGAGAUUGGGUAGGAAAAUCUAUUCGUUUCGAAGUGUGAGGUAUGCCGAACCUCCAGUCGGACAACAACGAUUUCAGAUUGCCGUACCAGCAAAAGAUUGGAAUGAAACCUACGAUGCUACUGAGGAGGGUCCAGCAUGUAGUACUUUAAGUGAGACACCUAUAUCCGAAGAUUGUUUACGUUUGAAUGUCUACACAACCAAGCUGCCAUCGAAAAAUGCAAAAGGUGGAAAUUUCAAAGGUCGUCCAGUUCUGGUCUUCCUCCAUCCUGGUGGCUUCUACAUCUUUUCUGGUCAAUAUCGAUUUUUCGGACCUGAAUAUAUCAUGGAUAAGGAUAUCGUCUUGGUGACAUUGAACUAUCGGCUUGGAACUUUAGGUUUCAUAAGCACAGGAGAUUCGCUUGCACCAGGAAAUUUAGGUUUGAAAGAUCAAGUCGUAGCUCUUCGUUGGAUUCAGAGAAACAUCGCAGCAUUCGGAGGAGACCCCAACUCAGUUACUAUUGGUGGUUACAGUGUUGGAAGCAUCGCCGUGUUAUUACACAUGUUAUCGCCAAUGUCAAAAGGUCUCUUCCAUAGAGGAAUCGCGAUGAGUGGUUCUCAUAUAUCGUUAGAACCACUACCAACACAGCAGAAACAUUUAGCCAAAAAACAGGCAGAACUGUUGGGUUGUCCAACAGACACAACAGGAUCCAUUACUAGUCGUUAUUUUGAGACGUUGUAUCUGGAUAUUGAAAAAACUUCGUCGCUCACGUCGAAUGCGCUCGAGGAAAUAUUGAAACGCUCAAGGGCAGUGUAA